AUGGUCAAGACAGAGCAAAAGUCGGCGGUCAAUGUCGUGUUCGGUUCCAUGACGUUCGGCCGAGAGGGCGCAGGUCAGGCGCGAGUGCACGACUUGGAAACGGCGGGAAAGAUCUUGGACGUCUUUCAGAGGCACGGCCACUAUGAAGUCGACACUGCUCGAGUCUACUGCGGUGGCUCAUGUGAGGAGAUGCUGGGAGAUCUCGGGUGGCAGAAGAGAGGUCUGCAGAUGGACACCAAGCUCUACCCCACCGCCCGCUCGCCCGUCAAUAUGGGCUGGACAGAUGUCAUCACCCACUCACCCGAGGACAUCCGCAAGAACUUCGACAACAGUCUCAAAGCCCUCAAGGCCGACAGAGUGGAUGCUUUCUACCUCCAUGCUCCUGACCGUGAGACGCCGUACGAGGAGACACUGCGAGCUGUCAAUGAGAUCCACAAGGAGGGCAAAUUCGACAGGUUCGGCAUCUCCAACUAUGCCGCGCACGAAGUCGCAGAGAUGGUCAUGAUCUGCCGACAGCAUGGUUGGAUCCAGCCGACGAUGUUCCAGGUCAUCUACAACGCCCUUCACCGAGCCAUCGAGCCAGAACUUGUACCCUGCUGCCGCAAAUUCGGUCUUGGUCUCUUCUGCUUCAACCCGCUCGGCGGUGGUUUCCUGUCGGGCAAGAUGAGCAAAGAGGCUGCAGUCGAGGCAGGCUCGCGAUUCGAUCCGGAGAAGGCCCAGGGCAAGUCGUACCGCGCGCGCUACUGGCACGACCAGAUGUUCGAAGCCGUCGAGCAACUCAAGGAGAUCGGCAAGAAGCAUGACCUCACAGUGCCAGAAAUUGCGCUUCGCUGGAUGACACACCACAGCGUACUCAAGCGAGAGCACGGUGACGCUGUCAUAAUUGGUGCAUCGAGCCUGGCGCAUAUUGAGCAGAACCUAUUGGAUCUCGAAAAGCCAGCACUGCCCGAAGAAGUUGUCAAGGCCGUCGAUGCAGCUUAUGCUGUCGCCAAGCCGUCUAACAGCAAAUAUUUCCACUAA